AUGUCACCCAUGCACGCGACUGUGAUUUUUUUCUUCUCUUCCUUUCUUCUCAUCUCUCUCUCUCUUCCUCAUGAUGCACGUAUUCCACGCUUGAUGCACGAAGACGGCGAGCAGAGGCUCGAUCCCAUGCCCCCCUCAAGUAGUAUUGUAUUUAUUUUAUUCCUGAUGAUUUGGCGCCUGUCGUACAGUACUGUACGUAACAACCUUAAUGGCAUCUAUGCGAAACGAAUUUGCGUGUUCUGUGUGCUCUAUGCGAAACGAGUCUGUUCUAUGUGCUAA